AUGCCAUUUGCCGUCCGACUUGUGGCCUUUGGUGCCACUCUGGCCCUCGCAAAGCGUCUCGAACGUACAGGGGCAGAGCUGGAGCUGGAGGAGCAUUCUACUGGGAAGACGACCUGCCAGUAUGUGCCAGAACUCGGAAGGCCCGACACCCACGACGGGAUUUUGAAGUCCACGAACUGGCACCAGACUGUGGAUCACUAUCCCAUGACGGACUUCAUGACCUGCAAGAUGAAGUGCGAUGCUGACGCGAACUGCGUGGCCUUCGUUCGCCGUGCCGAAGACGACGUAGGCUACUUGGGCAGCGCGACUGCUGCGAUCAUGAAUGCUCGCGAGGAUCCAACCAAGCUGCUGCAGGUCCCAGAUGAUGUGCAACUUGGGGACUGCUGGCUUCUUGGUGCAGACAAGCUGAAGAAGUACAAGCUGAUCCAGGAGAUCACAUCACGGCGGUUCACCGGACAGUUCUCACACCCAUUCCGAAAGCUGAGCUUGGACACCAAAGGUUACUUCAGCCGAGCCCACGAAAAGGUGACCUACGAAAAGCGGGACUGUCAAUGCGAAUACCGCUACCUGGGACUCGUCCGCAGCGACUCCGACGAAGACCAGUAUGCUACGCAGAACGGCAUGUCCAAGAUCAUUGAGAUGUGCGAAGGCGAAUAUCGAUACAUCGGAAAGGAGUUUGUGGAAUAUGGCGUGGAGUCCCUGUUUCAGCGCACCGAUGGCCAGAAGUUCAUCUACCUGUGUGCUGCAGCCGGCAGUGAUGGAACGAAGCUGGAAAGGAACUGGUAUUGCGUGGAUUCCGAAGACCCGCAGGUGAUAUCGGAUAAGGCUCAGAAUGCCAGUAUGCUGUCAAAGGCCGGCUUCUUCUUCUUCGGGAGCGCACUGACGAGGUUUCAGACCUGCCUUGGACACAAGAUCGACAGGCCUUGGUGGGCAGGGCCCACGGCGCCUGCAGAUCUCGCCGUGACACGUUGGGACGAGGAGCCCCAGCCGAUCAAGUACUAUCCGCGCGCCACGGAUUACGAGCUGAACGAUGCCUAUGACAAAGAUGGGAAGCGGCUCCCUGGCUGCGGCCCACAGUGCCUGAAGCAAGGGCAGGGCAUCUUGGCCUGUGCGGCAGGGAAGAAGGAGGUGGAAGAAGUGAAGAAGGACUUCCUUCUGAAGAACAGCAAGUGUUUGCUCACGGUCGAAAACUCUCGAGUGGCCUGGGCCCACUGGUUCAAUCAGAAGGGCGGCGCCGCUUCAACAAUCGUCACGCUGGCAGCAGGCACGCUGCGAGGCGCCUUCAGUGGCUUCUUCUGGAAUCGAGAUCGCGACUACACUCAGAUCAUCUGGCGUGGCCUCGCACUCUGGGAGAAGGUUGAGAAGGCCGCUGCCCUCGUCGACUAUAUCCAGACAGGGGUGUCCGUGUCGGGGAAGAACAUGACGGAGGGCGAGAAGUAUGCCUGUGCCGAGAUGAUGGUGGACGAGGUCAAGUCGGCAGGGGGUAUCAUGCCAAAGGUGUCUCAGACGCUCGCUAUGAAACCCGACGUUGUCAAGGAUGACUUCGUCCGGUCCGCCUUGAAGUCAACGCAGACGGAAAACCCGGCCAAAGAUCACGCGUUUGUGCGCGCGUACGUCGCCAGGAAGCUUCAGGAAGCCUUAGACAACAACGCUGCGACGAAUGAACGUGACCUCGUCAUCGAUGAUCUUGACGAGCACUUGGAGCUGGGAAAGACUCUAGCCACGGGAAGUGUGGCCCAGGUCCUUUCCGCCAAGGUGAAGUCCACCGGAAAGGUUCGCGACUAUCUCUGCGGCACAGGAGCCCCUCCAUGCGACGUGGUGCUGAAGGUCGUGUUCGACACCAACGAGAAGAACUACCAGGACGAUUGGGAGGCGAUCCAGUUCCUGGGGAACACUCUCCUCUGGACGAUUCACAAAAUCAUAGCCAACAGCGGCUUCCUUCUGCGCGUGAAGAUGACGGCUGAGCAGGUGGAGAUGAUUCAGCACGGGGUCUCCGCCGGAGUGGACACUUGGCAGGCUGUGAAACAAGGACUCGGCGCCGUAAUGGACGAGUUCGAUCUUCGGAUUGAGGACCUCAACGCCAAGAAAGGCCUGGAUCUGAUCAAGGGCUUCGACGCAGACCAGGCUCUCAAGCAGAAGCUCGGAAUCGACGCGGUUACGUUCGACGUCCCGAAGGUCCUGAUGACAACGUCCAAGUACGUCAUGGUCCAGACCUUUGCAAAGGGUGACACGCUGACGGCCUACCAUGCCUCCAUCACUGGCCAGGUCGACAAGCUAAAGCAGUGGCGCACUCUCGUCUAUCCCUCCAUCAUGGGCCUCUAUGGCUACCUUAUGGUGGAGAAAGGUUUCUUCCAAGGCGAUCCUCAUCCCGGCAACUGGUACUGGGAGGAGAGUACCAAGACGCUGACUCUCAUCGACUGGGGUCUUGCCGACGACCUAAGCGGCGGUCUCGCAAGGGCCGGGCGUCUCUACGUCAAUGAAAAGGGUGAAAAGCCGAAGCUCAAGGGUAAGGAGGUGGACCAGGCCGCGGUUGACGGUUUGAUCCACCAGCACCAGUGUGGCCUGGCAAAAUUCUACGAGCAGAUGGCGGCUUAUCGUCGGAAGGAAUUGCUUUGCAACGGCCUUUGGGCCAAAGACCAGGGCGGCGAGGAGAUGAUCUUGGUUCCUGCGCUCGGCCCGACGAUGCUUCUGGAGGGAACCGAGGUUCGUUUCCACACCAAGUACUUUGGCCGAAAUCUGACUGUCCAGGAGGCCCUCACCGAGAAGUUCUUCGGAACGCCUCUCUUUGGUACAGGAUCGAAAAAGCCGUUCAUCUUGCAGAGGCGGCGCUCGACCACCUGCUUUGGAGAUCAGUGCGGCCAUGGAUGGGAGCUCGCACAGAUGGACGGUGCGGGCGCCAAGACCUUCAGGCCGGUCGCCAACUGUGUCAGCGAGUCGUGCGUUCAUUCGUCCUUCCACGCCAAUGACGUCCCAGUCAAGAAGUGCAAAGAAGGAUGCAAGGAUGUGGAAUGCAUCAAGAAGUGUGAGAAGUUCACUAGCAACGAGAUCCCCAGCAUGAUUGGCGACUCCGCUUCGCCCUACCACUUCGAACGCCUUGCGAUCAAGCUGCAGGGCGCUGGCCUCGACUGUGCCAGCCUGGAGUCAAGGGAAGAGGCCUACAAGAAGGGUGCCCAAAGGCUCGGAUAUGCGACCAAGACAAUGCAUCCGGUUGUCUUGGCGCUCUUUGCAGCUCUUCACACCAACGACUUGUUAGACUUGAAAGCACGACAGGAGAACAUCCAGCUGAACGAUCCGCAUGAAGCCGGAACGAAGAUUCCCGACUACGUGGCAGUGAUGUUGCGGUCGUUGUCCGUCUUCCUUGGUAUGGUUCAGGACAUGGUGUCCGAAAAUCGGCCGCCCUUCGUCCCAAUCAUGGUCACCGAAUUCCUCUUCGACACGUCGCCAGAUGAGAUGUUUACAUUCUGGCACAUCUUUGCGGAGCGAUUUCUCCAGUCUGCGGACGGACAGACAUGCACGGACGAAGACAUUGAUGCCUCCGUGGAGGAGGUGCUGAGCGAGGUGAAUUUUGACGAAGAUGAAGACGAUGACGUGCAUAUUUGGUAG